GUUUUCGUCUCUAUUCGCGAAUCGAAUGGCAUAGAUUUUAUUUGUUUUUGGAGAAAUCGUACGAACUCCUUGUAUGUAGGAACAUCUUCUGAACGGUACGCCUCUUCGAACGAACGCCUAGUCCACGGAUCCACAAUGGACAGGCCUCGAUUAAGAAAAAUAAAAUCUGCCACGUCCUCCAGGUCGAUUUGCUGGAGAGCUGCAAUGGGGGUACAGAAAUUGUCCAAAACCGAAGUUAAUCCUUCCCGAGGCUCCAUACGUAAAGGUUUGGAAUUAAAAACCUGUUCUAAAUAUCCGUUUGCUAAAGACCUUUUGUCAUUAAAACGGUCGAAUAAAGCAUCCCAGAUAACUUUGUAAUUGUUCGCGGUCGGAGUCAACCCCUGACAAACGUUUAAGGCUGGGCCCCGUAAUCUCGAUACUAAAUGGGUCACUUUUUCCAAGUCCGAGAAGUCGACAUUCUUGUGGACCUAAGUGUCAUUUCGGUUGGUAAAAUAGUCAGUCGUACUGCCACAGUUACAUUUGCCAAAUUGCCUUCAUUAGAUAAACAGCCUCAGAGUUUGAAUGUUUAUCCAAAACAGACGGCUCAUUUCGCCUGUCACAGCAACAGCAAACCACAGCCGACCGUGACAUGGAUAAAAGAUCAACUUCCACUAGUUUUAGAUGAAACGAGGAUGAUCGUCCUGCCUUCGGGCUCGUUGGAAAUUGACGAAGUCCAAGUAUCAGAUAUCGGGAGCUAUCAAUGUAACAUUUAUCGACUAAGUGAAAAGGCUUUCCUCACUGUUUCACAAGAUCUUGAGGGUUCGUCAAGGAAAAUGAGCCCUGAGUUUAUUGCUGAACCAAAUUAAACAGUUGGGUUUGAAGGUGACAUUAUAACUCUUGACUGUGCAGCCAACGGUAAUCCAAGACCAUGGAUCGAUUGGCUGAAAGAUGGCAUUAAAGUUGUUAUGGCUGAUCUAGACAGUCGGUAUGAGAAAGUUGGUACUGGAGCUUUGCAAAUUACAAAUAUGAGGGAAUCCGAUGCAGGCCAUUAUCAGUGCAGGGCAGGGAACAGUGUGGAUUCAGUUGAUACACAAGCAACUCUAUCCAUUCAUGUUGCCCCAAGAUUUGUAAAACAUCCAUCAUCAAUCAUUGCAGGUGUUAAUUCUGACAUUGAACUCGAAUGCAAAGUUUAUGCCAAGCCUGAGCCGAAAGUCUAUUGGCUUAAAAACGGUGAUCAUGUCGCCAACUCUAGCUUAUACCUUCAAGUGGUGAAUGGAAACAACUUGCGUAUUCUGAGGGUGAUGGAAUCAAAUUCUGGCAUUUUUCAGUGCCUUGCAUCUAAUUCAGCUGGCAAUAUUCAAGCUGCUGCCCUUUUGUCUGUGACCAGCACUGUAACAAACUCUAGCAAACCUUCCAUUCCUUGGUCUUCUUUAGAGAGCAUUAGGUCACAAACCGGUCCUCCAAAAGAAGUAGAGGUGAUCGCAGUGAGGCCCAAGAUGGUUACUCUUAAAUGGAAGUCGCCGGCUUCAAUUCAAGGUGAAAUUCUUGGCUAUAGCAUUUUUUACAAGGAGCAACAUUCAAACAGGGAACGUGUCGUAAACACAUCGAGAUCUAAUCUGGAAGAGACAAAUAUCUCAGGGCUCAGUCCCAAUACAACGUACAUUUUUAGAAUCGCGGCAAUCACUACAACAGGUCUUGGCUUGGUCUUGGUCGUAACAGCGCCAGAGUUAAGAGGAGUACCAAGCCGUCCUUUAAAUGUUCAUGCAAUUUCAUCCACUACAGAACUUAGAGUCUCUUGGUCAGAACCACAUGUAACAAAUGGAAAGAUAGACAAGUAUAAACUUUAUUAUUAUGAGUAUGAUUCUUCAGAGGAACACCACAUUGAAACGGAAGACACAUUUUAUACUUUGACAGGUUUGAAAAAAUUCACAGAAUAUUUUGUAUGGGUUGUGGCUUACAACCACUAUGGACCGGGCAUGAACUCCGAUGAGAUUACAGUCAAGACUCUUUCUGACGUACCUUCUGAACCUCCUACGAAUGUUACCGUUGAAGUAACCAGCUCUUCAAGUUUAACGGUGCGGUGGGAUCCACCAUCACCUGAGGGGUGCAACGGUGUAAUCACAGGUUACAAGCUACGAUACAGGAUGCGCGAUCGUAGAGGCCGUUCUGAAACUGUAACCACAGCUGGUAACAAGAGAGUUCAUGUGCUGACAGGACUUGACAAAAGCAGCAUAUAUCCAGUAAGGAUUUGGGCUAUUAAUGUUAAUGGAACUGGACCCCCUACAGAUUGGUACACGAUUGAGACUUACGAAAAAGACCUUGAUGAAACGAUAGUUCCUGAUAAACCAUCUGAUUUAAAAGCGAAAGCAAAUGGAGAUUCGAUAACAGCAGUUUGGUCACCUCCAAAAAAUACAAACAUUCUUGUUCGUGAAUAUAUAAUAACAUGGGGUAAAGGUAUACCGGAUGACUAUGUUGAAAAACUCGAUGGAAAACAGAGGCAUUAUGUAAUAAAAAAUCUUGAACCUAACUCUGAAUAUAUAAUCUCGUUACGGGCUAGAAAUGAAAGGGGUGAUGGACCAUUGGCUUAUGAGAACGUUCGGACCAAAUUAGAAAAUAUCGCAGAGCCAAUAACUCCUCUCCUUCCGCCGAUUGGGCUCAAAGCCACUGUUGUGUCAUCAACAUCAGUCGUUCUCUUCUGGACAGACACGACAUUAGCCCCAGAUCAGGUAGUAAAUGAUGGGAGAUACUACGUUGUUCGAUACAACCAGUUUCACCCCUCUUCGUUAAAUACAAGAUACAGAUUUCACAAUUCAACAGUCCUCAACUACAUGAUGGACGAUUUGAAGCCAUUUACACAAUAUGAAUUUGUUGUUAAAGUAGUAAAUGGUCGUAGAGACAGCCCUUGGAGCAUGACGGUUGCAAACACAACAUGGGAAUCUACCCCUGGCUCUCCUCCAAGGGAUGUGACUGUUGUGAACCAGAAUUCGCCCGGUACUGUCAGUCUUUUCUGGCAGCCACCCAAAAUCCCGAACGGCCACAUAACAAGCUAUGUCGUAUCGUACACGACAGACCUUCAAUCGAAAGAGAGAGACUGGGUAACCGAGCAUGUGCCAGGUGAUAAAAUGGCAACCCUUAUCAAAGCACUUUCCCUAGACACGACCUAUUAUUUCCAUGUCAAAGCAAGGAAUAAAAAAGGAUUCUCUAUCAGCUCUCCGGUAGUUUCAAUAACAACACCAGCCUCUGCUUUUGGUGCUAUAGCAGAGGUUGGAAAUUUAAACAAAGGAAAGGGCCUUAGUAAUACUACCUUAAUGUACAUAGUUAUAGUAGCAUCAUCAGUCAUCACUUUGAUCGCAAUCUCUGUUGUGUUCCUUUGUUGUCGAAAGUCAAACCCCACAACCCCCGAUCGCAGCAAAAAAGGGUAUCCAAAAGGUGGAAAGGCAGGAGCCAGCAACAUAAAACCACCUGAUCUCUGGAUACAUCAUGACCAAAUGGAGCUCAAAAACCUUGACAAGAACCAAGAUGGUAUCAGUAGUAAUGUUGGCGGUGGAACUCUACCAAAAUGCAAUGGAGAUUCGACUCCUCCAAGAAGUGGCACAUUGGAAAAACAUCAAGAUCAGUCCAUUCAUCGCGACUACCAGGCGUCUUAUAUAGGAUCUCAGUGCCAGCCAUUACUUAUGCCAGAAGAAAGGAUUUCGACAUUGAGGCGUGGACCCAAACCAAAACUUAUAACUUUGCCGAUUGAUAAUUCACACUUUAGGGAACCUGUGGCAACAGCCGCUCCAAUGGGGGGGACACCAACUUCGUCUGAAUCAAUCAAUCCGGCCCGGAGGACCAAAAUGUCUGAUCAAGUGGACUGUAUGGGUUUAAAAUUAGACUAAAAUAAAAUGAAUUAUAAAAUAAAAGGGAAAAAAAACACUCACCUCCGGUGACGAUAGUCCAGCUACCUCAACUGAGGUAAAGGGGGAUGCAAGGAGGAAAAUGGUCGGAAAAGUCAGGAAAAGUCGGGACGGGGGACCUUCACCACGCAGAUGUCUCAGGAAUCUUACCAACCGGAGCGAUGACGACGAUAAAUUCAUAAAAUGAAGACAAUAAACGAAAUAAAAUAAACUUUAAGCUGGAUCACGAUUUAUAAAAAAUUACAAUUACUCAAGACGACGACACGACGAAUUCAAGCCUCGAUCUGGCCGACGACGAGGCCGGAAACGUGGCGGGGGGUUUUCCGAAAUCUUAUCCCGAGUAAUCAUUACGGCGUAAACAAAAUA